GUCCGCCCUUAGGUCCCGGACCCGCCGCCACCAUCACCGCCGAUUAAGGCUCAGACGCUGCCCGGCUCUCCUACUUUCAGAGGAGAUGAUGGAUUGCUCCUACGACGAUGAUCUGGACGAGCUUUGCCCAGUCUGCGAGGACAAGGUAUCCGGUUACCAUUACGGACUGCUCACCUGCGAGAGUUGCAAGGGGUUCUUCAAGAGAACGGUGCAGAAUAACAAGCACUACACGUGUAUGGGGAGCCAGAAUUGCAAGAUCGACAAGACACAACGCAAGAGGUGUCCCUAUUGCCGGUUCCAGAAGUGCCUUGUGGUGGGCAUGAAACUCGAAGCCGUGCGUGCCAACCGCAUGCGGGGUGGCUGGAACAGGUUCAGGCCCAUGUACAAGCAGGACCGAGCCAUGAAACAGCAGAAGAAGGCGCUGAUCCACGCCAACAGCUUCAAACUGGAGACGGCGGCCCAGCCGCCCAUCGUGUCCCCGGUGCAGGCGGUGGAGGAGUCCGGCGGGCUGUUGGCCUCACUGCACGGCCUGAACCAACACCACCAGCCUGAGGUGGCAAAGGGGCUACCCCCACCCAGCAGCAGCAGCUCCAGCAGUGGCGGUGGCAGCGGGAUAAGCAGCUCCACCGCCAUAACGCCCAUUGACUAUGAGUGCAGCUCCUACGGGACGCCCGCGCUGGCCAUGCCGGUGCCCUCGGGUCACGGGCCGCUCUCAGGUUACCACUACCCGCCCUUCGCCAGCUGGGCCAUCAAGCCUGAGUUCCUGGACCCAUACGUGAUGCAUCCAAACGAGGCAGCCCCGCCGUACCCCUACCCAGAGGUCUACCCCAGCGGCGGCUCCCCAGCCACUGGGGCCGACAUGCCUGACAUGAUCCUGAAGUUGCUGGAGCAGGAGCCCGACGAGGUGCAAGUCAAGGCCUGCAUCCUGUCCUGCCUGCAGGAGGAGGAGAGCAAGGGCCUCCACAACAAGCUCAGUGCCUUUGGCCUCAUGUGUAAGAUGGCAGAUCAGACCCUCUUCGCCAUCGUGGAGUGGGCACACAGCUGCAUCUUCUUCAAAGAUCUGGAGGUGGGUGACCAGAUGAAGCUGCUGCAGAACUGCUGGAGUGAGCUGCUGGUCUUUGACCACAUUUUCCGCCAAGUGCAUUAUGGGAAGGAGCACAGCAUCCUGCUGGUGACAGGCCAGGAGGUGGACAUGUCGACCGUUGCCAUGCAGGCGGGAUCCAUCCUGAACAACUUGGUGCUGAGAGCGCAGGAACUGGUGCUUCACUUCCAUUCUCUCCAGGUGGACAGGCAGGAGUUUGUCUGCUUGAAGUUCCUCAUCCUCUUCAGCCUUGAUGUGAAAUUCGUGGAGAAUUCAAGUGUGGUGAAGGAAGCCCAGGAAAAGGCCAACGCAGCCCUGAUGGAGUACACCCUCUGCAACUACCCACACGCCACAGACAAGUUCCGCCAGCUUCUGAUGCAGCUGGCUAACGUCCGGUCCCUGAGCAUGCAAGCGGAGGAGUACCUGUACCACAAGCACCUGAGCGGGGACGUGCCCUGCAACAGCCUCCUGAUUCAAAUGCUCCAUGCCAAGCGGACAUGAGAGCGCAAAGCAAGGCUCUCUGUCCCCCCUUCGUCUGGGGAAGAGACUCACGGCAGCAGAGGUGCA